AUGGAAUUACUUAAAAUAUUUUUAACUUUAGGAUUAAUAGUCUUAGUUUCGGCAGGGUAUGAUCAUGGUCAUGCCAGUAGUUAUGCUAGCGUUGUAAAACAUGAUCAUCAUGGUCAUAGUGAACAUCACGGACAUCAUGAUCACGACGAGCAACAUCAUCACGAAGACCAUCAUGAUCACCAUGAUCAUCACGAUCAUCAUUCACACCCUGCAUACAAAUUCGAAUAUGGUGUAAAGGAUUCACACACUGGGGAUAAUAAAAAUCAAUGGGAACACCGAGAUGGUGAUCAUGUCAAAGGUUCAUAUGAACUCCAUGAACCAGAUGGUACCAAACGUGUUGUUGAAUAUACUUCUGAUAAACAUAAUGGAUUCAAUGCUGUUGUGAAAAGGAUAGGUCACGCCAGUCACCCACAAAUUUACGGGCAUCAUGAAGGUCAUGGAGGAAACCAUGGUCAUGGACAUGCUGAAAGUUGGGCUAAUUCAAAUUUAUACGACUCCCAUCACCAUUAG